UCAAAAAUCAAAAAUCAAAGGAACAACACACUACUGCGAAACUCUCUCAACUUGCCGCCUCACUCUCUUUCUCUAACUUCGUGGCCGCCAAUCUUAAACCUCAGAGACCCCUCAACAAUGGCGGACAACAAGAGGAAAUCAAGCGGCGGUGCGAAGCAGUUGCAGAGGAGAGAGAAAACGCCGAAGAAAUUUAGCAGUAAAAAAUCAAACCCUAAAUCCUCAGGGAAGCGUCGCGGUGGUGGUAGUGGUGGAGGAGGAGAGAGAAGAGGCCCGCGAUUACCUUCGGCGUUUAGAAAGCAGCUUGACAAUUUCAAAAACCCUAAUAAUGGUGAUGAUGAUGUUGAAGAUGAUGAAGUUAUUGAUUCGGAUGAAGGUGAGUUGAAUUACGUCAAGGAUUUUUAUGUGUAUGAGGAAGAGGUCGCUGAAGAGGAGUCCAAGAAGAAUCGACGAUUUGAUCAUGUCGAGAAUUACGAGUAUCAGCUCCCCGAGAAAUUCAAGGAUGAAGACAUACUAUCUGACGAUGACGAAGAUGAUGAUCUAGAUCAGGAUAAGGAAGAUGAGGAUUCUGUUGACAAGGAGGGUGAUGAUGGAAGGCAUGCAAGAAUGCUGACAGAUAUCACUGGAAUCCAUACUGAGGCGUUUGCAGGCAAAAAGAGAAAGAGAAAUGUUGUUACAGAGGCUUACCCAGAAUCUGAAUUCAACCCCAGUAGUGACGUCCUCAGUGGUAAUGGGAAGAUCAGUAUUCAAGACCUUUUGGAUCCUCUUCGAGGAACUUCUAGUUACAGCAAGCUUAGGAAAAGGAUUGAACAUGUUGAGAAGAAAGGUGAAACAGUUCAAGCUCCACUUUCCAAACCAGACCGGGAGAGGUUGGAGAGGGGGGUAGCAUAUGACCAUGUUAAAAAGGAUAUUACAAAAUGGGAGCAUCUUGUAAAGAGAAAUAGAGAAGCUCCCACUCUUUAUUUUGACCAAGGUAAUGAUAUGGGACUUCCAACUGUGGGAACCAUGGCUUCUGAGUUCAAACCAAGAUCUGUUUUUGAGAAGGCAAUUGCGUCAAUAAUGGAUAACAAAGAGGUCGCGGAAGCUUACCAAAGUGAUGGUGCCAAGCUUCUUGAGUUAAACAAGAUAUCUGUCGAAGAAGUGAAGGACCGCCAGGAUAGACUUGCUAAAAUGCGCAGUCUUCUAUUCCGUCAUGAAAUGAAAGCAAAGCAAGUCAAAAAGAUAAAGUCCAAGACUUAUCAUCGCUUAAAGAAGAAAGACAAAUUGAAGGCUGCUUCUUCAGAUCCGCAAACUGAUCCUGAAGCCGCCCGAGAGUAUGCUGAGAAACAAGAAAGAAAACGAGCUGAGGCACGUAUGACACUGAGGCACAAAAACCAAGGCAAGUGGGCUAAACGUGUUCUUGAACGAGGUUUAAGUAAACAAGAUGAAGGUACUCAAGCUGCUAUAGCUGAACAGUUGCAUCUUCAUAAUCUUCUGACCAGAAAAAUAAAUUCCGUUAAGGAAAACAGCAGCAGUGAUGAUAGUAGUUGUGAGGAUGAUGAGGAUAUGGAUAGUUCGGAUGAGGAGGGUGCAUCAAAGUUAUUAGCUAAGGCAAAAGAAAAAACGAUUAAAUUAAUGGAACAAGAGGAUGAAGUGCCUGAUUCAGGGGUUCUUUCGUUGCCUUUCAUGGUACGAGGGCUGGAGAAAAGGAAGGAGGCUGCUAAUGGAGAAGCCAAACGUGCUCUUGAUGACUAUGAGUUAUCUUUAAAUCAGACUGCAGAGAAGGGCCUGAAAAAUGGAACUCCAAGUGGUAGACGAGUUUUUGGUGUAACCAAAAAGGUUGAAGAGGCUAAUAUAAAACACAGACCAGAUGUUGACAAUUAUGGAAGCGAUAACGAAGAUACUAUUGAAGAGAAGGAUGAUAUUCACAUGGAAUGUGCGAAAGGUAAUCACAUGGAAAAGGAUGUGGACAUUGAUUUGGAUGUACUCCGUGAAGAUUUGGAGACUGGUGAUGAUUCAGCUUUCAAAAGUGUUAUUGAUGUAGCUGAAGACUCUGGGCCAAGAACAAGUCGUGAUGUUUCUGUUUUCACAUCUGGUUCUUGGAAACAGAUGAAGAAUGAUGGAUGUAAAGGGGGUUCUACUCAUGAUGCCAAUGUCAAGAGUAAGCCAGAGGUUGCAAAACCUUCUCCAAGCAGUGAUAGUGGAGAGGGAGAGGAUGACAGCGAUACAGAUAGUGGUGGCCAUAUGAUAGAUGGGAUGUUGUCUUCAGGGGCGAGGCAAACUUAUGAAUUACCUACAAAUGAAGAGCUAAUAAAGCGUGCAUUUGCGGGGGAUGAUGUGGAGGAAGAAUUCGAAAAAAUCAAAGAGGAUGUUUUAAAUGAAGAGAAUCCUGAGCCAGAGAAGCCUCUUUUGCUUCCUGGAUGGGGUCAAUGGACUGAUGUCCAGAAGAAGAGGGGUUUGCCUUCAUGGAUGCUGAAAGAUCAUGCAAAUGCUAAGCAAAAGAGGGAAGAAGCUUUGAAAAAAAGGAAGGAUGCACGUCUUAAACACGUAAUCAUCUCUGAGAAAAUUGAUAAGAAGGGGGAGAAACUGUAUGCAAAGACACUGCCUUAUCCUUUUUCAUCGAAAGAUGUUUUUGAACAAAGCAUUCGUAUGCCUAUUGGGCCUGAAUUCAACCCAACAACCGCUGCUGGGGCUCUUACCAGGCCAGAAGUUGUUAAGAAAUCGGGCAUGAUCAUUGAUCCAAUCAAAUUUGAAGAAGUAGACCCACACGAAAAAGUAGAUGAACAGAAGCAAGGUGGACGGAAACAGAGAACAAAUAGUAAAAGUUCUGGCAAAAAAUCAAGGCAUAGUAACAAAAAAUAAGUGAAGAGUGCUGAUGUUUUCCAUAACUUGUGUAUUUUAAUUAAGCGCCCAAUUUUGUAGUUUUAUUAGGCAUUUGCAAAAUGGUUUUGUUGUAACAAGCGUACCCAUUUUAGUCAGACUACAGAUAUCGGUCCUGCUUGGCAAAAGACUGACCAUGAAUUUGAUGUAAUUUUUUACUGUUUGGUAGCAAUAAAGCUCCUGGAAAAUUUUGAUCUUCAGAA